AUGCAACCUAUAAAGAAGAGGAAAUCUAGUGCAAGUGGUUCUAGGCAAACAUCUGCUUGCUGGGAACAUUUUAUUAGAUUACCCGAUGACCUAGUUGAUGCACCCACUGCAGCCUGCAAACACUGCCAUAAAAAAUACUUGUGUGACCCUAGGACUCACGACACCACUAAUUUGAACCACCAUAUUUUAAAAUGUUCUAAGAAUCCUCUUGUCGUGUCAACUGACUCCACACAAACUAUUCUAACAUACCCAAGUGUAGAUGGUAAACUGGUUCAAGUUAGCUCUAGAUUUGACAAGAAAGCUUGUAGAAGUGCUUUGUCAGUUUUUGUAGUUCUAGAUGAGCAGCCAUUUAGUGCAGUAGAGGGUGAAGGGUUUAAAUUUUAUUCCAAAGUAAUGCAACCCCAAUUUACCAUCCCAUCUAGGCGUACGGUAGCUAGGGACUGUUUUCAGCUAUACUUGGAUGAAAAGCAAAAGUUAAAGGCCUUUUUUAAGUCUGAUUGCAAUAGGGUAGCACUUACUACUGAUUGCUGGACUUCUAUACAAAAUCUUAACUACUUGACCCUUACGGCACACUUUGUGGAUAACGAAUGGAAGUAUCAAAAAAGAAUUAUAAGCUUUACCGUAAUUCCAAACCACAAAGGUGAAACUGUAGGUAGGAAGAUUGAAGAAGUGUUAAGGGAUUGGGGAAUUAGGAAUGUGUCAACCAUAACUAUUGAUAAUGCCACUUCAAAUGAUGUUGAUGUGACAUAUCUAAAGAGAAAAAUAGCAAAUAUGAAUGGGUUAAUGGGGGAUGGAGAGUGUUUUCAUAUGAGGUGUUCAGCUCACAUUUUGAACUUGGUGAUAAAUGAGGGUUUGAAAGAUAAACAUUUAUCUGUAACUAGUGUUAGAGAUGCUGUUAGAUUUGUUAAGUCCUCACCUCAUAGGGCAGCCAAGUUUAAAGAAUGCAUUGAAUUUGCUGGAAUAACUUGCAAAAAAUUAGUAUUCUUGAUGUUUCAACUCGUUGGAACGCGACAUAUUUAA